GCUUUAGUGAAGGUUACAAAUGAUCUUAUGGCCUCUGACAGUGGACUCCCUUUAAUUUAUUCAAACUGCUUCAGCAAGAACCUGCUCCCAGCUUCAUGCGGUGAGGAGAUGACCAGAGGAUUUCUGCAGGAACUGGUCGACAUCUUGUUGGGUUUUAUCUGCAAGUCUAAUCAGAGGAGCUCUAAGGUGCUGGACUUCCAUCAUCCUCAUCAGCUAAAGGAGGGACUGGAGGGCUUCAGUCUUGACCUGCCAGACCAACCAGAAACUCUGGAGCAGUUACUAGUGGACUGUAGAGACACCCUCAAAUAUGGUGUUAGUACAGGUCAUCCACGUUUUUUCAAUCAGCUCUCUUCAGGUUUGGAUGUGAUUGGUGUGGCCGGCGAGUGGUUGACCUCAACAGCCAACACGAACAUGUUCACAUAUGAAGUUUCGCCUGUUUUCCUCCUCAUUGAGGAGGUUCUGCUGAAAAAAAUGCGAAGCAUUGUGGGGUGGGCUGAUGAUGAGGGUGACGGACUCUUCUGUCCAGGAGGCACGAUAUCCAAUCUGUAUAGCAUCCUCUUGGCCAGAUAUCACUUCUACCCAGAGGUGAAGACCAGAGGGAUGGGAGCUCUGCCUCGGCUGGCCAUGUUCACGUCAGAACAUAGUCAUUAUUCAGUAAAGAAAUCUGCAGCUGUGCUGGGCAUCGGCACCGAGAAUGUGGUUGUGGUGAAAUGUGAUGAAAGAGGGAAAAUUAUUCCUGCAGCACUUGAGACUUCCAUUGCCACAGCUAAAGAAAAGGGUUUGGUUCCUUUCUAUGUGAAUGCCACAGCAGGAACUACUGUGUAUGGAGCCUUUGAUCCCCUUAAUGCCAUUGCAGACAUCUGCCACUCACACACACUCUGGAUGCACGUUGAUGCAGCUUGGGGUGGAGGCCUGCUGAUGUCAGACAGACACAGAAUGAAACUGCAGGGCAUUGAACGAGCAUGUUCAGUGACUUGGAAUCCACACAAGAUGAUGGGUGUCCCUCUGCAGUGCUCUGCCAUACUGGUCAAGAAAAGAGGUCUCCUACAGGAGUGUAAUAAGUUGGGGGCCCAGUACCUUUUUCAGACGGACAAACCAUACGAUGUGAGCUAUGACACUGGAGAUAAAAGCAUCCAGUGUGGCCGACACGUUGAUGUGUUUAAGCUCUGGCUGAUGUGGAAGGCAAAGGGCUCAGAUGGCUUUGGAUCUCAAGUCAACAAAUGUCUGGAGAAUGCUGAGUAUCUCUAUGAUCAGCUGCAGAAAAGGACAGAAUUUGAACUAGUCUUCAAAAACAAACCAGAGCACAGUAAUGUGUGUUUCUGGUACAUCCCUCCCAGUCUGAGAAGCUUGCCACCUGGAUCUGACAGAGAUAGAAGACUCCAUCAGGUUGCUCCUCGGAUCAAAGGCAGGAUGAUGGAAAAGGGCUCUGUUCUGAUUGGCUAUCAGCCGUUGGGAACCAAAGUCAAUUUCUUUAGGUGUGUGUUUUCCAAUCCUGCCACUCAACAAGAGGACAUCGACUUUCUGCUGGAUGAGAUGUGCAAGCUGGGUGCUGACCUUUAAAAUGUUUAAGUUAACAGGUUUUUGAUGUUUAUACAAGCAGAAAGUAAUUUUAGUUUAAUUUUAGCCUGCAUAAUAUGCAUUGAAGUAAA